AUGUCGUGCAAAACCGUAUUAUCAAAAGAAAUUUCUUCAAGUUUUAGAGAAGAAUUAAAAGCCACAAUAAAGUCUCGUGGGAUUAAACCAAAGCUUGUUGGAUUUCUUGCCAAUCAGGAUCCAUCUGCUGUAAAAUAUGCUGAAUCUACAUCGAAAACUUGUGAAGAAACUGGUGUAGUAUUUGAAUUAAGAAAAUGCAAUAGAGAAGAAUUAGAAGAUCAAAUCGUUGAAGCUAAUGAAGAUGAUAAUAUACAUGGUAUAAUGGUUUAUUAUCCUGUAUUUGGAGAUCAUGUGGAAGGAUUAUGUCAUAAAUACAUAUAUAAUAUGUAUCAUAAUGUCCGGUUUCUUGACAGGGAAGAAACGAAGAAAUGUAUCAUCCCCUGUACACCAUUAGCCAUAGUUAAGGUGUUAGAAUUCAUUGGAGUUUAUAAUCCAGUUCUUCCAUAUGGAAAUCGAUUACAUGGACGCGUAAUCACUAUAAUUAAUCGUAGUGAAAUUGUUGGACGUCCUCUUGCCGCUUUAUUAGCUAAUGAUGGAGGAAAAGUCUUUUCCGUAGAUAUUAAUAGCAUUCAAGAAUUUCAUCGUGGAACCGGUUUGAAAUUAAAGAAACAUGAGGUUCGAGAUACAAAUUUAAAACUCGAAGAAAUUGUACCAAUUUCAGAUGUAGUAAUUACCGGUGUCCCAACUCCUUCUUAUAAACUUCCCACAGCUUUAUUGCGUGAUGGGGUUAUAGUUAUAAAUUUUUCUGCAUUUAAAAAUUUCGAAGAUAAUGUUAGAGAAAAGGCGAGCAUUUACGUUCCCGCUGUUGGUAAAGUUACCAUUGCAAUGUUAGAAAGGAAUUUAUUGAGAUUAUUUGAUUAUAAAUCUCAGGAUUAA